AUGAUCAAAAUUCUGUCAACUUGGACUUUGUUUGGAUGUAUAGUCGUAAAUAUUUUAUUUCUUGAUCUUGUCAAAUGCAUUGUCAAUUGGAACGGAAAUGACUGGGCUAUGUCAUGUGAUUUUCGUGGAAAUGAUCUGUCUAAUGCCCUAACAUCAUCAGAACGAUGCGGUGGAAAAUGUGGUGAAACUCAAGGAUGUACUCAUUUUACAUGGACAGGGUACAGUGGUGGUACCUGCUGGAUGAAAUCCGGUGCUGUUUCUAAAACCGAUGCUUUCUCAACCAAUGAUCCAAAUAUGGUCUGUGGUGUAGUUAAUGGCGGCCAACAAGGUGCCAUCCAGUGGAAUGGAAAUAAUUGGGCCAAGUCGUGUGAUUUUCGUGGAAAUGAUCUGUUUAACGUUCGAGUUUCAGCAGAACUGUGCGGUGGAAAAUGCGUUGAAACUCAAGGAUGCACUCAUUUUACAUGGACUCCGUAUAAUGGUGGUACCUGUUGGAUGAAAUCAGGUGCUGUUUCCAAAAGCGAUGCUGUCCCAACUAAUGAUCCGAAUAUGAUCUGUGGUGUAUUAGAAAACAGCAAUUCUGACUGGACUCGUGUAUGGGAAGAUAAUUUUGAUUGGAAUGGUGGUGUCGAUCCUAAUAGAUGGGAGUUUGAUGUCGGUGGAGAUGGCUGGGGUAAUAAUGAGCAACAAUAUUAUACAAAUAAUCGAUUGGAAAAUGCACGUUGUGAACUAUUUCCAGGUAGUACAAAUGGUCGCUUGAUUGUUGAAGCACGUCGAGAAAACAUGGGAAAUAAACAGUAUACUUCAGCUCGUCUCAAGAGCAAGGUUAAAUGGACAUAUGGUCGUUUACAAAUUCGUGCUAAAUUACCUGAUGGUCGUGGUCUAUGGCCAGCUCUUUGGAUGUUGCCGGAAAAGCAAACAUACAGUAAUACCUAUUGGCCAGAUAAUGGUGAAAUCGAUUUGAUGGAACAAGUUGGUUAUGAUCCAUUGCGUGUUGUCUCAACUGUACAUACACAAGCAUAUAAUCACAUGAAAGGCAAUCAACCAACUAAUUCCAUAAUUGUUAAUGAUGCUGUUACAAAUUUUAAAAUUUAUACACUUGAUUGGAAUGUGGAUAAAAUUGAAAUGUUUGUCGGAGAUGAUGCAAAUCCAUUUGCUAAUCGUAUCUUAGUGUGGAAUAAACAAGGAGAUUGGACACAAUGGCCAUUUGAUAAACCAUUCUUUAUUCUUAUCAAUAUUGCUGUAGGUGGUAGUUGGGGUGGUUCACAAGGUAUCGAUAACAAUAUUUUUCCUCGUCGAAUGGAAAUUGAUUGGAUCAUUAAAGAUGAAAAUAGGCAAUCAAAAGAUUAUGGUUUUGUUCAUUUUGAAACGCAAGAAGCAGUCGAUAAUGCUAUUGAUAAACUCAAUGGUAUGUUAUUAGGUGGCAAGAAAAUUUAUGUUGUGCGUUGUAAACCACAUAAUCAAGAAGCUGAUUCUGAAAAAGCACUUAAAUUUACUGAUUUGAUUAUAACAAAUUUUGAUGAUCGAUUAGAUAAACAAAUACUAAGUGAAAUUUUUUUCAAAUCAAAAGGUUUUGGAUUUUGCAGUUUUGAAAAUCCAGAAGAAGCUAAGCAAGCUGUUGAGGCUUUAAAUGGAUAUUCAAUUGGUGAUACACAGCUUUAUGUUGUUGGUUAUACAAAAAAAAAGUUAAACGCAAAAACAUGA